AUGCCACGGCCUGAGGAGAGUGAUAAGGUUGCAGCAGCAGUGGUCAAUCCUUCCCCUCCACCCACCUUCUGCUGUGCGUCCACAGGUGUAAUUGAAUUUCAGGAAUUGCCCACCCAGACAAAUUAAGCCCAUAGAUAGGAGAGUGAAAAAAACAAGCUUCGUUUGGACUUUCCCUGCGUCCCCUCUUAGCUUCUCUUUUCCAUUCCAUCCUGUGGGCUAGGAUAAUUUCUUUACUUUAAAAUUCUAUCAACCUUUUCGAUCCUUUUUAAUUUCUAUCUUGCGCGCUACCUCUAUUGAUUGCAUCAUUCGUACAUUUUAGACAAUCCCUGCCAAUCGGCUCGCUGUAGUAGUAGUGAACAGGCAGGGGUAUAAAGCAGGCAUGCCUCCCUUGGUGGGCACAGACUUGAUCGCCUCCUGAAUCUGGGCUAAUUGUUGGCUUCUGAUGAUGGCGGAGGGGUGCGGUGAGGAGUUUGAGGAAGAGGAGGUGUGGGCUGCUGUGACGGCGGUCAGGGGCACCAAAACAGCGACUCCCAGGACUAGAAAAGGUGAGGAUGAUUCUUUUGACGUUGAUGCUAAUAGUAGGACGAGUAGGCGGAUUCAAUUCCCACGGUUGAGUGGCGGCGGCGGAGAACUGGGGCGAUCCGCGCCGCUCAGAAUCCCGGACUGGUCCAAGGUCUUUAAGCAUGGCCGUGGAGAUAUUGAGGAGGAGGAGGAGGAGGAGGAGGAGGAGGAUGUCGGGGAGGAUGGAGAUCCUCCGCAUGAGUGGCUGGCCAAGAAGAUGGCCAAGAGCCAGCUGAUAUCGUUGUCUUCGUCGGUGUGCGAAGGAGCUGGGAGGACGCUGAAGGGGAGAGAUCUCAGCAAGGUCAGGAAUGCCGUGCUCACAAGGACUGGCUUCUUAGAGUAAGAAGUAAGAACUAAGAAGAAGCUAAGCUUCUAUAUAUUUCCUUUAAUUUCUUUUUCGUUAUUUAUUUUAUAUGUUUGAAUAUAUCUAAUGAUCAGAUCAAGAUUUUGCUGUGUAAGGAUUAAGAUUGUAUGGAAGUAUAAGUAAUAGAUAUUCUCUUAUUUUUCUC